UUCUUCUUUAAUUUUGGACCUAAUACCACUACAUUUGUUGUACCUGGUGAAAUAUUCCCAACUCGAUAUCGUUCAACUGGACAUGGAAUAAGUGCUGCUGCUGGAAAGUUAGGUGCUAUUAUUUCACAAGUUGGUUUCUUCAAACUGAAAGAUAUUGGUGGUGCACCCGGUUCAAAUGCAUUCGUGGAUCACCUGUUCAAAAUAUUUGCUGCCUUUAUGUUAACUGGUUUAAUAGCCACUUAUUUCUGUAUACCAGAAACAAAGGGUACAUCAUUAGAAGACUUAUCAAAUGAAACUCAAGAAGGGUUUGUCAAGAGCAAACGUUCGGAUGAUAAUUAA